AUGGAGGAUGUCCCUCCACUAGUAAAAGUUGAACACCGGUCCCACAGUUCUCCGAAAGAUGUUGGAGUUGUAUUGACACUUGGGGAAGGUGAUGUUGGACAGCUUGGUCUAGGAGAAGAUGUAAUGGAAAAGAGCCGCCCUGGUCUUGUUGAUAUUCCUGACACAAUUAUACAAGUGGUUGCUGGAGGAAUGCACACAGUAUGUCUAACUGAUAAAGGUGAAAUCUAUAGCUUUGGUUGUAAUGAUGAAGGUGGCUUGGGCAGAGACACUUCUGUUGAAGGCUCAGAAACUGAACCUGGAAAAGUAGAACUUCCACACAGAAUAGUUCAGAUUUCUGCUGGUGAUAGUCACACGGCAGCUUUAACAGAAUAUGGUGAGGUUUAUGCCUGGGGGAAUUUUAGAGAUGCUAAUGGUUCAAUUGGUUUAACAAAAAGUGGCAUUGAAAAGUUCCCCAUUUUGAUGUUUUCUGAAGAAAGAGUUGUAAAAAUAGCAUCAGGUGUUGAUCAUUUGGUUUGUUUAACAGAACAAGGCUUAUUGUACACAUCAGGGUGUGCAGAGCAGGGUCAGCUAGGAAGACUUGCAGAAUGUUUUACUAAUAGAGGUGGUCGGAAGGGUAUAGAGUAUUUACUAAAUCCCAGAGUGGUGCGUUGCAAAAAGUAUAGAACUCGUAGAUUGGCAAAAUUUUCAGACGUUUGGACUGGUCAGUAUGUUACAUUUGCUGAAGAAGAAGAAACUGGAGAAAUUUAUGGCUGGGGCUUAAACAAUUAUUAUCAGUUAGGAUUUGAAGAUAUGGAAAAUAAAUUCCACCCACAGAGAAUAAAAUCAUUCUGUAGAGAAGAAGGUAAAUGGACAAUGAUAAGUGGGGGACAGCAUCAUACCAUUGCUCUAGACAGUAAUGGUAAAGUGUAUAGUUUAGGCAGAUCAGAUUAUGGACGAUUAGGACUAGGUGAAAAUUGUGGAGAAAAGUUUAGUCCCACGAGAAUAACUGCCCUAGACUCUAAAAAUUGUAAUUACAUUGAUGCUGGAGGCUGUGCUUCAUUUGCUGUAGAUGAUCAAGGUGAUGUGUAUGCUUGGGGAAUGGGUACAUCCAAACAACUUGGUAAUGGUUCAGAAGAUGAUUUGUUUGUUCCGCAGAAAAUGGAAGGCAAACAGUUACAGUCACGGAAAUGUUUAAAAGUUUCUGGUGGGGGACAACACACUGUUUUAUUGGCUAAAAACAAUGAUAGCUAA